UAUCUCCGUCAUUCGUUUAUACCAACCUAUACUUCCUUCCUGGACAGCCGGCCGGUCCUGCUGAUAUAUUGACGAUACCCUAAUGGCUCGUAAGCACGGAGAUCUAGAAAAGGUUUGGACGGUAGAUGAGCAGCACGCACAGCUACUCUACCAUUCGCUUGAGCAGUAUAACACGGAACAAAAACGAACAAGACGACCUUCAAUACUUCUCGCUUCGCUCAUAUUCCUUUUUAUUUCAUCCGUAGCAGGACUAAGUCUCGCAGUCGUGUUACUGCUACAACCAGCUGAAGUCCAAACGGCAUGUAUCGCCCGGGACCUCAUAUUAUUCGCAGCCAGUAUUGGGUUGGUGUAUGUCUGUAUCCAUAUACGAGGGGCGAGAAAGGAUUAUAGGAGGAGAGGCAACUUGCCACCACAGAUCUAUGGCGACUAUCUCCACGCCAGUGCGUUGCUUAUCGCAAGGUUCGGUAUUGCAGUAUGGGUUGCCGCUCUUGUUGCGACAGCCGUCAUGAUUGCCAAGGCAGCACCUUCGAAUGGUCUCGCGAAAAUGACGCCGUAUCUGGAUUUGGUUAUCUGCCUUGGAGCACUACCUCCAUUCAUCGCAAUAUCUGCCACGAUUGAAAGCAACCCUACCCCUUUUGCAACGACGGGGGUAUCUAGCAAGUCGUUCUUGAGCUGCCAGAGCAGCGAAGUAUCCGACGACUUGUCCGCAGACCUCAGCGUUUCCCGUAGAGCUUCGCUGCAGCGGCAAGAAAGCACGAGCUCGUCUAUAUUGACAGUCCCGACAGCAGAGAUAUUCAAAAUAGGAAGCUCCAAGCCGCCCAAAACCCCUGAUCCUCUAAUGAUAAGAACGAAAGACCUGCCAAACGAUAGGAUGGAGCUAAUGGCGAAUUCCCCUCUCGGCGCGACAUACGACAUAUCCACCGCCGCCGUGCCGUCGCGGGGAAUUCCAUUCCUACAAAAACCAGCACCAUCUCUCUCAAAAUCUCCGCCUCAGCCGGUAUACAACCCCGGCGGCUGGCGAAGCGAAUGGAACAACAUCGCCGAACAAAUCAACAUUCAAAAGAUUCCCACAACAACAGAAACGCCAUUACAUAGCUCGAACGCGGAGCGCCGCUCGGCCUACAUAUCCUCCUCGAACUACACCGCGUCGUCGUCCGGCAGCCGUUCUUCCUCAGCGCCGCCCAAGGUGCACCGCGCCUCCCCGAGCACCAGCAUCGCGAGCAGCGCCCAGCGCUCGCGCUUGUCCACCGUCCGCUACGCGGCGGAGCCGGAGAUCGCCGUCCGGCAGCCGAUCCGCGUUAUCAAGAACCCGAACUACUCGCCCCCUAGCGUCGCCGACGCGGACGACGAAGGAGAAGGUGAAAGAGGGGAAGAAGCGCGGCUGAUAACAGUCAGGCCGCCGGAGCCGGUGGCCGUGCCGAGGGGGUCGCGCCAGGUCUACGAUGUAACGGCGCCGCCGACGUUAAAGCGCAAACCGUCGAAUUUUUCGCGCCCGCUGCAGCCUUCGAGGGGAUCGGAGGCGGAUUCCGCGAUAGGGAUGAAGAUAUCUGGGGUUUUGGAACAGGGGAUGGAAAGGCGAUGAGAUGAUGUGCUAUGAUUUGAUUUGACUUGAUACACGCAUGAUACCAAUAAUAUAUUAUGAAAUGUUACUAAAUUCGUUUUCUCUUGAUGCCGUGUUCAUUAACAAUUGGAAAUGAAGU